CCACACUCUCACCAAACAAUGGAUUGGUUCUCAUGGCUCUCGAGGACGAAUCUCGAAGCUUCUCUAAUCUACGAGUACGCUCUCUCUUUCUCAAACAACGAGCUCGAGUACGAAGACAUUGCUUACUUCAACCACGAAUUUCUCCAGAGCAUGGGGAUCUCGAUCGCUAAGCACCGUCUCGAGAUCCUGAAGCUUGCUCGGCGUGAUCGGAAACCGUCUCCGCUCACCGCUCGUUCGGUUUUCAGAGUCUUGAUUGCGAUCAAGAAGACCGGGAAAUGCUUCUCCGAGUAUGUUCGAGCCUGGAUCCGACGAGAGGAAUCGUCUCGGGCUCUGGUGCUUGUGUCGAGGAGCACGAGCAGCAACGGGAACGGGAGAUGGAAAGGCGCGAGGAAGAAGAGAUCGGUGAUGCCGAUGAGCAACGGAAAUGGCGGAAAGGAAGAGAGACUUCUGUUGACGAAUGGAACUCCUUGUAGGCUCGAUAGCUUCUCCAAUCCAAAGGUUUGUUCAGAUUAUGAAGAUGAUAAUACUACUCAUUGGGGGAACAAAGAUGUAGAAGCGAUUAAGUGGGAUUCAAUGUUUCAGAACCUUAAACCUACUUGAAAUCAUCAACUAGAUGCUCAGGGAUUUGGGGUUUUUAGGAUUCUUCCACCAACAGAUUUGAUUAUUUGAGUUUUUGGCUAAUAGUUUCAAGUGUGUGAUUAUCUUCUGUUUGUUAGGCUAAUUAGUUUUGUUUAU